UGCAGCGAACGCCGAGGGUGUGUCUGAAACAUUCUCCGAAAGACUGUAGCCGGUGUGUUAGAUUUGAGGAGGGAUACGCACACUCACACACGCUCAGGCAGAGUCAUACAGAGGGAGACUGUGCCGCCGUGCUCCCCUCUGCUUUGCACGGCUGACACAUAAGAGCGUCAGUGUGCUGGUGUGUUGAACACGCCCCCCACCUCCUGUUUGUAGAGAACGGCUUUGCUCCGCCUGAUGUGUUUUACAUCCUCCUUUUAGCGUAAACCCGAAACUGCAAAAUAUUACCCAGCAAUUUCAGAAAGCAGAUGAGUGGACUUUGUCUUUUAGACUCUUUAGAGGAAAGCAGGAAGUCAGUUCUGUUUGAGGAGUCUGUAGGAGUGAAAGUAUACGGUAGCAGUGACGAGAGUUUGAGCGAGGUAGUAACCUCAGAGAGGAGGCAUACCGCUGCUCCUCCCACCACCAGCAGAGCACCGUUGGACACUCCUUGUGGUUAGAAGUGAGGUUCCUGCUCAGGUUUGGUGUGGAUGGUCUGCCUCUGUCGCCUUCCUGUGCCCCUCUGUGCAUGGGGAAGUUUUACCUCUGGGGUCACAACAAUGAGAAGACGAGGGAAGGAGGAAGUUCAGCUAAAACCAUUGAGGAGUUUCAGGAAAUAUGACGCCGAAGAGUGAAGAAUAUUUGUCUUUAGACAUCCAGGAUGUAGCAGAUAUGAAGCUGGCUCUACCUCCAGCUGAGAGCUCGGACAAAGAGUCCUCCACGAUGGUUUCGUCCACACCCCACCCCUCACGGUUAAAGUAUCUGUCCCUGGGGGUCCUGGUGCUGCAGACCACAUCACUGGUUCUCACCAUGCGCUAUUCCCGGACCCAAAAGGAGGACGGCCCCCGCUACCUGGCCUCCUCUGCUGUAGUGGCUGCUGAGGUCCUUAAAAUCUUUACAUGUACCUUCAUUGUCUUCAUGGAAAACAAAUACAGUUUGCGGGCGAUGAACCUGCUGCUGAAGGAGGAGAUUGUGAAGAAGCCCGUGGAGACCAUGAAGCUGGCCGUGCCUGCAGGGAUCUACACGCUACAGAACAAUCUGCUCUAUGUUGCCCUGUCCAACCUGGAUGCAGCCACCUAUCAGGUCACCUACCAGCUGAAGAUCCUCACUACGGCUCUGUUCUCCGUCUCCAUGCUGGGAAAGAGGCUGGGUCUGUACCAGUGGCUCUCCUUGCUGAGCCUCAUGGCUGGAGUCACGCUGGUGCAGUGGCCCACCGACUCUACGGGAGAGCAGAAGGUUCUGACUGCAGGCUCCCAGGUGGUCGGAGUGGCGGCGGUGCUGACGGCCUGUAUGUCCAGCGGUUUUGCUGGAGUUUACUUCGAGAAGAUCCUAAAGGAGACCAAGCAGAGUGUGUGGGUCCGCAACAUACAGCUGGGUUUGUUUAGCUUCCUUUUGGGUUUGUUAGGAAUGAUGGUGUACGACGGCCGGAGUGUGAGACAGUCCGGGAUGUUUCAGGGCUACAACGCCAUCACCUGGACAGUUGUUGUCCUGCAGGCUAUGGGUGGACUGGUCGUCGCCGUGGUGAUUAAGUACGCCGACAACAUCCUCAAAGGAUUCGCCACCUCCGUGUCCAUCAUCGUGUCCACCCUCAUCUCGUAUUUCGUCCUGAACGACUUCCAUCCCACGGGGGUGUUUUUCCUGGGAGCGACGCUGGUGAUUGCUGCCACGUUUCUUUACGGCUACCACGGCAAGCCCGCCAACGGCGCCGUCAAAGUGUAGUCAGGGAGCUCCAGCGAGCUGAUGGAUGGGAUGGGAUGGGAUGGCAGCCCUCCACCACUCCACCCCUCCACACCUCCUUCCUUUUCCAGCAUCGGUGGACUGUGAACUGUAACCACCGCUCUGGUGCUCCCGUGCUUAAGAUGCAGGAAGAGUAGGAGCAGCGCAUCUGGUUACCGUGGAGCCACUUCAGCUGGAAUCAUGGAGGGUCCAAUUUUCUUUGCAGAAAAUAUAAGGUCGUUCACACUGUGAUGCUGUGAAAACAAACAGAGCAGUUUAGUCUGCAGUCACGGGAACGUGGGCUGUUUUUGUUUAAUGAAUUUUUUUUAACUUUAGUGACUCGGGGAAACAGCAUCUUCCUAAAUCGGAACGUCAUAUCUGACAGCAUCUGAGUCAAAUGGGGAGAGCGCAGGCUCCCCCUAGUGGCGGGAUGAGGAGGACGAACCUUGCUGCAAAGAGGAGGGGUUUACCUCCGCCACGAUGUAAACCCCUCCAUGCUGGAUGUUCUUUUUUUUUCAUACCAGAUGAGAUAAAUGUAAUGAAAGCAACAUGACUGCCCUGACAUUGCUGCUCACCGUCUAGGGAAUUUACUUGAAAAAGAUUUUCUUCUGUUGUUCUGUAAAUGCAAAAUAAAGACUUUUAUGGAUGAAUAAGU